GAACAGAUGGAUUGAAUAUUCGAUGAAAGUGCCUUGAUCGACUGUCUUUAAUAUUUCGGAUAUCACUCAAUAGUAGUCACGUGCGAACGCGUUUUCUGUACAGGCCUUCGCGUCUUCCGGUUCUGCGAGCUUAAUGUACCACAGUCCACCUCAAUGCCAGCAACACCAUCCUACCUCACACGCUCCACUUCGACACCUUUUGCGUCGCCUGGUGGUAGCUAUGGAUACCGCUCGACGGAGGAUGAGUCAAUUGUACUCGAGAUAGGAGCCCGCUACCUGCGCGGAGGCUUCUCUGGCGAGCCCCAACCGCGCUGCACCCUCGCCUUCCCCCCGGACGAACAGCGACGCGUGGGCGAUUACCGUGCCUUUAUGCCCACACAUGCAUUCCGAGAAAGACGAGAUACAGGACCGUGGGGUGAAGAUCAUGAGCUGUGGAAGAUGGAUCUGCGGGGCCAGGACCUCGGACUCGUACAGGACAAGUUGGAGAGGGCGCUGCGGAAGGCGUACAAUGAGCACUUCUUGCUGGACAAGCCGAGGAAAGUGUUGCUCUCGGUGCAGACUGGACUGUCAAGACCGCUGUUGGAGACGGUGCUGAGCGUGCUGUUUGGUAGCUUCAUGGUUCCUGUUGUGACCCUUAUGAGCCCGGCGGUCCUGGUCACGGCAGCAGCGGGGCUUCGAAGUGGAUUGGUCAUGGAUAUUGGAUGGGCAGAGACUACCAUUACGGCAGUGUAUGAGUUUCGUGAGGUGAAAAUGAGGAGGACAAUCCGUGCUGGGAAGCUAUUAAGUCGAGACAUGGGCAAGAUGCUGGAACACGAGUGGGAGCAACAUAACGCACAAUCAGGAAGCCUUAGAGAGGCAGAAGACACGCAUGUUACGUUUGAUCAAGCGGACGAAGUGCUUUGUCGGAUGGGUUGGUGCAUGAGUAUGGAGGAGGCGGCGUCUAGGUCAAAGCAAGACGACGCUUCGAGCAACACAGAAGCUGACACACCUAUUUCGAUUCCGCUAUCGCGGUCUUCGCCCUUCUCUCGUGUCUCCAUCCCGUUCUCGAAGUUUGCCCUCCCCGUUGAGACUGCUCUGUUCUCGACGGGCACUCCGCCUCACGAGCUCGAUGCGCACGAUCAGCCUCUCCCUAUACUAGCGUACACGAUCCUCCAAUCUCUGCCGGUUGCACCACGCGACAUAUGCAUGGCACGGCUUGUCUUCACCGGUGGCUGUGCACACAUUCCAGGCCUGAAGACGCGACUGACAGAGGAGAUUCACACACUGGUACGCGACCGAGGCUGGGAUGCAGUCCGGCAGUAUCCACCGAAGAUCACCCCAAGGCAGCGAUCAGAGGCUCCCAAACAGCGCUCGGACGCCCCUACGGCUGCUCAGCAAUCCGUAAGCGACGAGCAAGCAAAUGGCGAAAACGGCGCACUCGGGACUGCGGAAUUACGUGACUCCCUUCCCGAAGUGGGCGCUCCUCCCUCCUCAUCGCUGGGCUCCGAGAGGCCGCAUGCCACACUGGCGGCAGAGGCGAAGCGAGAGCGGAUCGCGGAGAAGGACGGUCCUGUGAAGGGCGUCGUCAGAGGAGUGGAGAGCCUGGGAGCCUGGGCAGGGGGCAGUCUGAUGGGCACGCUGAGGACGGGCGGACGCGUGGAAAUCGAGCGCGAAAAGUUCAUGAGAGAGGGGCUGGGCAACGGAGCGGGUGUAUGGGGCUAGUGUGAACAGUGCAGUGCAUGAGCGUGGAAUAGAGUACAAUACCCAAUUUUGUGGCACAAGACAGUGUAUGAUGGCGUUUCGCGUUGAUACGAGGGGCACGAGGCAUGAAGAGACAAAGAAACGAGACUCAAAAGAAGAAGAGUGGAAACGAGCAGAAGGACGUCUCAGGACCGGAGAGCAGUCCGAAGCAGCCGUUGGACCAAUAAUAGAAAAGAGUAUAGUGCAGCCAGCCAUUCCACGGGACGUAUUUGUAUCGGAUGUAUUAGCGACGCCACCAUCCGUACACUCCACUACACUACACUACAUACACUACACUACUACAUACAUGAUCGUCGUCUU